AUGAUAGGCAUAUGGUUGAAAAAUCCCUUAUUUCCAAAGCAUCAUAGUAUUUUUUAUAUUGUUAUAUCCGUAUGUAUUUUAUAUAUUUGUUUUCGUUUGUCUACAACCUUACUUACAUUUCCGCAUAUUGUAUUAAUACAUAGUCGUAUCUUAACAAAUAGAAGUAUAUUUUAUGAUUUAUUAUCUAAUAAAAAAAUUAACAGUAAUGAAAUUGCUUUAUAUUAUCGUCAUGCAACUUCAUCUCGAAAUUCUUCAUAUCCAUAUAUCAGUGGUGAUACAUUUCGAGCAUUUUCUGAUUAUAUUUAUGAUGAAACAAGACAAGAUCGAUUAAAUUUAGUUAAAUAUGGACAAAUUGUUUUUGUAAAAGCUGAUCUGCUUGGAAAAUUUUUUGGUUCACCAUUUAAUUCUAUAAAAAAACCAUUUGUACUUGUUACACAUAAUAGUGAUCAAUCUGCACCAGAUAAAUAUGGAGCAUAUUUAUUAAAUCCCAAACUACUUAUUUGGUAUGCAUCUAAUCCUAGUGUAGAAAAUCAUCAAAAAUUAUCUCCAAUUCCUAUUGGAAUAGCCAAUAUGCGUUGGCCACAUGGAAACUUAGAUAAAUUAACAUAUGCCUUGAAAAAUCAUCGUAAACCUUGGUCUCAACGAACAAAUUUACUUUAUGUUAAUUUUGCUGUCGAAACAAAUAAAGUUGAACGGGAAAAAGCUUUUUCACAAGCAUCAAAAAUAGAAAACGUACAAAUAAUAAAAAAACGAAUUACAUUUGAAACUUACUUAGAACAAAUAGGAAAUACAAAAUUUGUUUUAUCACCACCUGGGAAUGGACUUGAUUGUCAUCGAACAUGGGAAGCUUUAUUAAUGGGUGCUGUACCUAUUGUUCGUAAAUCGACACUUGAUCCAUUAUUUACAAAAACAAGAUCAGUUAUUAUUGAUGAUUGGUCGAAAUUAACACAAAAUCUUCUACUAUCAUUGAAUUCCUCUUUUAAUCAUCAUAUUAUACCUGAUGUUUUAUAUGCUCAUUAUUGGCAUGAAAUGCUUUUCAAACAUCGGCAUAAUCAGCAAAAAAUAAAAACUUCGGCAUAA